AGCGAAAAGAACAGGUUCUUAUCAUUAUGCCGCGUAAAACCAUCGAAUAUAACACGAAUUAUUGCCGGUGCCGCUCAUAUCGUAUAGUUUCUCGGAGUGUAAUAUUUCCAAAAAAAUGUAUCCCGAAUCAAUUAUUCACUAUCUACAUACAUAGAUUCAACUGCUGACGCGUUAUUGCGAUAUUUCGUUGAAACAUUUUCCAUCAUGCUUGAAGAUGCUCACACAAACUGUACCUAUGGUAAUUAUUACUGUGAUUACGUUUUCGUUAAUUAUCAAACAAAUACAUUGCGAAUCUGAUUACGACUAUGAAGGAAACGAGACCGAAAUCGAAAACGACUUCGUCUGUGAGAAGGUUAUCACCGAUAUUGGUAGUUGUAUGGCCGGCAGAUGCUCGACUGAUAACGUUGCAAUGCUUAAAAAAUGUAAUUCUUUCUACGAUGGUGCCGAAGAUAUCAAACGAAAAUGUGAAGAUUGGCCUACAGAUGAAGAUCAAUUGCAGAAUACUUUCCUAACAUUACCGGCUAUAGGUGCAGGAUAUAAUAUUGUGUAUUGGAAUAUGUAUUGCGCCUUAUGCAAUUACCAUUACAUCUUGGAAUUUGGGACUCCGAUAUCGUAUUACACUAUUAUAGAGCAAUGCCAACUGGCUAAAUAUUAUAAUUUCAACUCCGCAGAGUACAGGUCAUUUAUGGGAAUGAGUGAACAUACAAACACAACUUGUAACUUCAAAAUACCCAGAGUCAUUCGGAAGAGUUCGUUAAAACCAAAAAAUUACUGCAACCAAACAUCAGAUAGCAGUGACGAGUUACUUGAUCCUGUCCAUCACAAAUACUGCAAUACUGAUCCAUCGACGUUCUGUCCAAAAUUACCAUUCAGAAAUGAUUUAUUAUGUUCAUAUGGAAGUGACCGCACCAAGCUUUGCACAACGGAUUGGUUUAUUCUCGAAAGAAUGAACUUUGCAUACGGCGAAUAUGGUAACGUUUUUGUGCCAUCGUUAUCGAUGUUAUAUCCUGAAUACUCGAGUAGCCAGUAUACUAAUCAGACAGGAACUAAAGGAUUACUUUACAUUUGUGGAGAAGAAGAAAAAUAUGGGUAUCCUCUGAAACUUAUCGGUAUAGUAUCCUACAUCAUUUCGAUGGUAUUCCUCAUACUAUGCGUAAUAAUCAAUUCGAAUAAACAAAGUCUGCAGAACCUACCCAACAGAACAUUGUAUUCGUUUUGUAUUUCACAAUUGAUAUAUUCGUUCUUUCGUUUGAAUAAUGAGUUUCCAAUGAUUGAUGGAACAUGUAUCAUUAUCAAUGUCAUGUUUAUGUUUGCUGACGUGAGCACUUCGUCGUGGGCUGUGGUAAUAUUUUUUGAAUACACUUGUCUUAUUUAUUGUUUGAUUCGAAGUCGAAGGAUAUCUACCAAAGUUCAAAUGAAAAAAUACUUAGCCUAUUGUACAGUGUGUUGGGUUUUACCAACAAUUUUAACUAUGGUUGCGAUGUUCUCUAUUUUCACAAAUGGCGAAAAGUCACCAUCGUCUUGCCCGAAAAUCAAACAUUAUUCGCUCAUUUUUUGCGGAUAUCAAGUGCAAUCAAACCAAUAUACGGAACUUUUAUAUCAAAUCAAUGAUAAACUGGAAAAAUUUAGUGCUGUGGUUUUCACAUUAGGUUUAGUUGCUGUACCGUUGGCUAUGAUUUACCUACGAAAACAGAAUACUACCACAUCCACGAGUAACCGAAAUUACUUUAUUAUUUAUGUAAAAAUUAUGCUCGCUAUGUCCGCUCAUUUUGUGUUUCAUAUGAUUAUGCUGAUUGUAUCUUCUGAUGAGGGAAAGCAAACAUCAUUCGAGGUAUUCGAAAUGUUCGAUGGUUUCCUCGGUGUUUUGAUUUUUUUCCUUUUUUAUUUUAAAAAAUCCAUGUUGAAUAAUGUAUUAAUGAUGCUAAAAUUAAGGAAAUCUUCCGCUGACAAUGUUGAAAUGAAGGGCGUAACAAAUUAAUCAGGUCUCAAUUUGACCAAAAAAAACACGUCCACUCGCGUAUUAAUCUGUCCAAAGCAAUUUCAUGAUUGAUUAUUAUUGUUCUACACGCCAAUACGAAGAAAUCUAGCCCAGAUUCCAAUUUUUCCGCCUCCCCUUUUGCGAGGGUCCACCCGCUAGCUUGCAGUUGAUACCAUAUAUUUUCAACCUUUCGAGUAGCACGACAAUCAAUUCUUUAUUACAAAAAAUGCUGUUUUGUAGCGAGGAGAAAAUCUAGUAGUAGAAUGAAAUGGCAACAGGGAGGUGAGUCCUAUAUGAAAUCGAGGGGGAGGAGAGGAAAUUGGCUGUGAUACGGGCCUUUCGAAGAGAAAUUCAAUUCUAAACACUUUUUGUUAUUAUACUUUUUAAUGUUUCUCUGAAAAUUUUGGCAGAAAAUGAAAAAAAACUGAUUUUGAGAACGUUUAUUUGAACUUUCAAAGCUCAACGGUUGUUCCAAACAAAAAUUUACGAUGAUCACGUUGCGUUGUAAAGGAGGAACAAUUUUCAUUUGAACUUUUUUUUCGUACAAUUAAUAGGUUAAGAGAUAGACGUAUUUUCAUGGUGGGGGUGGAUCCUCGGAAAAAGCGGAGGGGGAAAAUGGUUAUUGAGAUGAAUCUCUUUGUAUUGGCGAGUAGAACAAUAAUCAAUCAUGAAACUGCUUUCGAGAGAAUUAGCGAGCGGAUGACCAAUUGAGACCUGACUCAAUACAUAUUGAAUAAAUUAUGUUUUUUAUCAGA